CACUCAUCCCCUGGAAUCUGUGCGUCAUUCGCCAACCAAUUCCACCAAACAAUCUCUACCCCACCACCACCACCAUCGCAAAGUUCUAUAUGUGAAGGACAAUUACCAUUGUUUGCACCUGCAAGCAUCCAUAAUUUUUCGUCAAAUAUAUCACCGUGAACUUUGGAGUCCAGGCCAAUACCACACUACAUCAUGUCAAGUCGGCAGUUACGAAAGCUGCAGCAGCAAAAAGACCUGGAACUGGCACAAGCCAAACUCAAGGCCCAGGAGGAGGAAGAAGAAGAAGAGGAAUCUGACGAUGAACCUGUUCACCAACCACCAUCCAAGGCAAGCCUUUUCGCAAAUCUAGCCGCUCUAGAAGACAAUGACGAUGACUCCGACGAAGCCAAAGGUUCAGAGAAGGAAGAAGAGGACAAGGCGCAAGACUUGAGCGAGCCAGAACCCACGACUAUUGCCCCUCCAAAGAAGGCAAAGAAAUCCAAAAAGAAGAAGAAGAAGGCGAAAGCCAAGGAAAAGGAACAACCACCGAAACCAGAAACUGGAGAGGACGAGAUUGAAGCUGCGCUGAAGGAAUUGGAUCUGAAGAAACCAUCCGGCAGUGGCUCAUCCAACCAAGUCCAAGUGGACCCAGAAUACGAAAGAAUAUGCGCGCUCCUCGGGAUUAAUGCGCAACACUUGAAAGUGGCUAAUGAGAUGAGAAAUUUGUUUGGACGGGCUGCAGUUGAAGUCCAUGAUGAUCCAGGUGGACCAGUGGGGCGAGGGGCACGAAGAAGACAACAGCGGGGUCAAAAUCAGCAAGUGGAUUUGGAGACAGCAUUGAAAGGUCGACAUUCUCCUGGAAAGGGAUUGCCUGAAGUUACUCUACGGCGGAAUUGUUUGAUUCAAGGAAAAGACGAUUGGCCAAAAGCACCUACCGGUGGUCUGACAUUGGCUAUUGUCGACGAUUUGCGAAAGUCUGAUGGUACCAUUGAGUUUAGGUUUGAUCAUAAUCAGCAAUAUCAGCUUUUACAGCAAACCUUUCAACAAUUUGUGGAGAUGGGGGACCCUCAAAACCUGAUAGGACUUUUGAUUCGUAAUCGUAAGUCUGGCUGCCAAAUCACAUUUUCUACAACUGACUCCUUCUAGCAUAUCACAUCUCACUUCUCAUUCAAGUCAGCAAGAUUGCAAAGGAUCAAACAGAUCAUGCGCUCUCUGCGGAUUUACUUGAACGAGCUUUAUUUACUUUUGGCCGUGCAGCAACUACACUCUUCAAUACGCAAUUAAGUGCAGGCAAAGCCAGACUUGAUUUCUCCAGACCAGAAAAUCGGGAACUAUGGCUGGCUGGAUAUCAGUACAUCAAGAGUUUGGUCAUGAAAGGCACUUAUAGAACCGCUCUCGAAUGGGCCAAGCUUCUUCUUUCCCUGGACCCAGAAGACGACCCUUAUUGUAUGCGCUUCAUGGUUCACCACCUUGCACUUCGAGCAGGCGAGUUUAAUUGGUUGUUGGAUCUAUUUGAAAGCAAUUUACCAGAGCUCUGGGGCCAUUCUACGGCAAUCGCUCACAUCAAACCUUCAUUGGCUUUGGCGGCCAUGUCUUUGAAAGAAGGCGCACAAUGUCGGAAGCUACUUACAGAAUCAAUGAAGACCGUUCCAUGGCUAUACACUCGUCUAUUCAAAGAGCUCAACCUUGAUGCUCCCCCUUCUAUUUGGGGUAUUGAAGCAAGAAGCGACGCCGAGAUCUUACUCACAGAAAUCUACGUCCUUCAAACCAAAGAUCUUUGGAACACAACCGGCGCUACUUCUCUCCUUAUGGAAAUCGCACAUACAAUUCCCAAAGUCGGCGAUCAACAAAUCGAUCCAUUAGACAACUCCGCAAUGACUUUAUCCGUCGUCAGAUACGUAUACCUAGACAACACACCAUCUCUCAUGGCCUUAGCACCAUCCAACCUCCUCCACCGAAGCAACAACUCCGACUCCGAUCCCCUCCCCCCAGACACCAACAUCUUCUCCUACGAAUCCCAACGCCUAACCAUCGAAGGAUUUCAACGUCCCAACGGCAUGGGAGGCGACUUCUACAACCUCCCCGCCGCACUCAUGCGUCUCAUCCCCGGUCUUCGAGCCCCCAACGCCGCCGGUGCUGAACUCGAAGACCCCGAAGAAGCGCAGAUCCGGCGCGAACUCGAGGAAGCCAUAGCGGGAGAUGAUGAUGGACGAGAAGCGACGAUGCCGGUUCCUCUGGGUUUGGUGAGAAGGGUUUUGGGUAUGAUUUGGCCUGGUGAUGAGAGGGCGGCGGAGGAGUAUCUGAGUGAUCUUGAUGAUGAGGAGGAGAAUGGUGAUGAGUGGGAUAGUGAUACGGAGACGGAUGUGGAGAUGCCCGAGUUGGUGGAGCAGGAUGGGGAUGGAGAGGAGGGAACUGAUGAUGAGAUGCCCGGGUUGGUUCCUGCGUAGAUAGAUGGCUGGAUGUGUGUAUGUACUUUGUUUGUCGUCAAGCAAGCAAGCGUUCGUGAUGGUGUAGCAGGAUACGAGAUCACCCAAUAAAGAGUUCUGAUCAGUUUGAUCACUGAUAUGCUACGCAUUUAGUAGGAGAUUGACGGUCCUUAACAACUACCUUUC